AUGCCAGAAACCGUCCGUCCGGCCUUCGCCGACCGUGCUCGACCCCUGCUUUCCUAUGGUAUUCCCUUCCCCGCCGCCGCAGCCCACCAUAUCGCCAACACCUUCGCGGCCUCCCGCGUCUAUGUGAUCUGCUCGGCGUCUCUGGCGCGCAACACCGAUGCGCUGGACCGCCUGGUCGCGGCGCUGGGACCAGAUAAGGUCGUGGGCCGCCGCAUCGGCAUGAAGAGCCACACCCUCUGGUCGGAAGUGCUGGAGGUCGUCGAGGACGCGCGACGGGUCGAGGCGGAUCUGCUCCUGACGCUGGGCGCGGGCAGUCUGACCGAUGGCGCCAAGGUGGCUGCAUUGGCCCUCGCCAACAACGUCCAGAACACCUCCGGCCUAGCCUCGCUCGCCCAGGGCCCCGAGGAGCGGGCCGACGCCCACCCGCCGACGGUCCCCAUCAUCUCCAUCCCGACUUCGCUCUCCGCCGGCGAGUACUCCAACUUCGCGGGCGCUACCGACGACGCCACGCACCAGAAACACAUGUUCCGCGGCCCCACGCGCGGGCCCCAGCUCGUCAUCCUCGACCCGGCCCUCGCAACCACCACCCCGGACGCCAUCUGGCUGAGCACCGGCAUCCGCGCCGUCGACCACUGCGUCGAGACCCUGUGCGCCACCACCGGCACCACCGACGCCUCCGACCAGCACGCCAUGCACGCCCUGCGCCAGCUCGUCCCGGGCCUGCUGCGCUGCCGCCGCGACCGCGCCGACCCCGACGCCCACCUGCUCUGCCAGCUCGGCUCGGUCGACGCCAUGGCGGCCCUGACGAGCGGCGCCGGCGGCGGCGGCGUCGUCGAGCUGGGCGCCAGCCACGGCAUCGGCCACCAGCUGGGUCCGCUCGGGGUCGGCCACGGCGAGACCAGCUGUAUCCUGCUCCCUGCGGUGUGCAAGUUCAACGCCAAGUACGGGGCGAACGGCGCGCAGCAGGAGCGCGCGGUCAAGUUCCUGGUGCGGGACGAGGAGGUCGUGGCGGCGCUGCGCCGGAGGGGCGUCGAUGCCGAGACGGCGGAUCUGGGCGAUGUGCUGGACGUGGUGGUUCGGGAGCUGGGCAUGCCGCGGUCGCUGAAGGAUGUUGGGGUCGGCCGGGAUGCGCUGGAUGCGCUGGCGGCGAAUAGUCUGCAUGAUCACUGGUGCAAGACGAAUCCGGUGCCCUUGCUGGAGAAGGAGCAGGUUCUGGAGAUUCUCGAGAUGGUGGUUGAAUAG